GCCUGAGAUUCACACAAACACGCGUGUGUGUCACCAUCUGGGAACUGAUUGGGUUUAGGGGAAGGUCGCCUGCCAAGGCAAGGUGUUGUGCGGGGACUGAGCGAGGGAGAGAAGCUGUUUCCAGAGGCGUCUGCUGUUCAGCCUCUGGCAUUCACGGUUCAUUUCUCAUUUACUCCGGUCUAGUCCCUUCCCCCCUUCACGUGCUGGGCUGUUGCUCUUCCCUACCCAUAACAAGAGCACGGGAAGGCCGGGUGGACACACAUCGCGGGCAUUCUGGUGGUGGCUAAAAGGAGGAGGGGGAAUCAAGCCAGAGGAAUAUACAGUAAAAUAAGCAUCCUAUAAAAGCUCGGGACGCAUGCGCAUGGCUGGCGAGCCGCCGUCCCUGGGUGAGGAGCCCACUGCUAACGGAUGUGAUCAAGGCAAAGAUUUCCACCUAGCUCCCGGGACUGAUGGUGAAAUUCCCAUGGGAUCGGAGCGGAUGGAGAUGCGCAAACGGCAGAUGUCUGUGGCCCAGGAGACACCAAGUUCCACACAGGCACCGCAUGGCAUUGGGAAUCGAGCUUCCAAUGCCUGCUGCUUUUGUUGGUGCUGUUGCUGUAGCUGCUCAUGUCUUACUGUUAGGAAUCAAGAUGAAGAGAGAGCAAGGAGGACUUCCCAUGAACUCAGAGCAGAGAGUAUUCCAAACUGUGAGGAAAGUCCCACUCCUACUCUUGAAGAAGUAAAUGCCUGGGCUCAGUCAUUUGACAAGUUAAUGAUCACUCCAGCGGGCAGAAAUGCUUUCCGGGAGUUCCUCCGAACAGAAUUCAGUGAAGAGAACAUGCUUUUCUGGAUGGCCUGUGAGGAGUUAAAGCAGGAAUCCAACAAGAGUGUCAUAGAAGAAAAAGCAAGGUUAAUCUAUGAAGAUUAUAUUUCUAUCCUUUCUCCAAAAGAGGUCAGCCUGGACUCCAGAGUAAGGGAAGUUAUCAACCGAAAUAUGCUGGAACCAUCACAACAUACUUUUGAUGAUGCACAGCUCCAGAUUUACACCUUAAUGCAUAGAGACUCCUACCCACGGUUUAUGAACUCUGCUAUUUAUAAGGAUUUGCUUCAGUCCUUAUCUGAGAAAUCCAUCAAAGCAUAGUAUUUUUUAUUAAUGUAUUUAUUUUAAAAAAGCAGAAAUGGAACUCUGGGCUACAUCAACCAACAGGGAAUUUAGAGUUAAUAGGAUAUCUACCUGAAAAUAACUCAGGCAUAUUUUAAUAUGGACUGUCAAUGUUUUAACCUGCAGAGGGCUCUGACACCACAAGCUAACUGCAGCCUCUGAUCAACUUAAGUGACACUUUGCAAAGGAGAAUGUGGAGAUAGUUAGAUGUUAAAAAAGUCAUAUUUUUACAAUAGCAGAAUGUAGUUGGACAUGAACUUAUAGGAGAAGUUAAAGUUACCACUCUGGAAAGAAAGAACUCUCCAAUUUAUUUUUUUAAACAGUUAGUUAUGACUGCUCUCACCCCUCCCUCCCCCGCCCCCCAUUGUGCAGCCACAGUAGAAAUAGUUGUGCUGUUGCUACUUGGGCUACACUAGACUGAAGCCUCACAUUUUCUAAUAGUACAGCCUGGCCACUACGGACGAAGUAGAGAUAGCGCUUGUCUUGGAGUGGCUACCUGAUACAUAUAAGCAAUGUGCUCAUGGCAAUGAAAUAGAACCACCUCAAGUUUAUGGAAGCUAGUGGGCUGGAAUAAUACUGCCUAUAAAAUUCUCUUAUUGAGAAGUGUUAUUGUACUAUCAGAGUCUGCUGAAAACAUUAAGUUCAUACUGUUCAUGUUUAUAAAAGCUGAAGAAUUUUGGAGACGGAAGCUUCUGGGCAUUUAUAAUUGUAAAUAAAGCACAAGAAUUCUCAUGUGUUGUUCUCUUCACUGCAAAGGCAGAUGCAAAUAAUGGUAAUUAAUAUUUCAGUAUUUAGUCCCUAGAGCUCUGCAGUAGCAGCCAUUUGAUGUGUUCACAGACAUUGAAAAUCCUAAAUUACAGGCCAGAUUGUUUGGGGGUUGCUUACUUCAGAGGUGAUAUUCAUAUACUUCAUACAAAAGCAAGUUAAAACAAGCUUCCAGGGAUAUGGCAUUGAUUCAGGCUCAGAAAGUCUCAAAGCAAAGCAGUAUUCUUCCACAAGCUUCCUACAUGCAUUUCUGGUAUUCCUAAUAUAUUGCACUUGUAUGUGCAGACUAGUGCUUUUUGCCAAGCAUCAUACCUAUUACCAUAUGGCAUUUCAGUACGCCCCCAAAUUAGUUAUCAUAGCUAAAGCUAGGAAGAAGUUAAAACAAAUUUCCUUUAAGUACCAAUUUAUAGAUCCAUUUUUACGGAGUUGCUUAAUCUAUAGUAAUUAAGCCAAAAUACACUGUAGUUUAAUGUAAUUCCACUACAUACAUUUUAGUUUACUGUAGAAUUCCCUUCAGUGAUAGUUUCCUAUGUAUUGAUUUGAAUGAAUGCAGACAGAUAUGAAGCAGAAGGGUGGUGAGUGAAAAAUCACCUCUUUAAAAGGGAUUCAUACAGGUAGUUUUGCAUUGCUUUUUCUAUGAAAGCUAUUGUAUUCUUUCUCCAGCCUAUCAGCAGUUCUCCCAUCUGGGCACUAUGAUACAAACAACGCCUUCUCACUGGGGGAAAAUUCAGGCAUGUGCUAAUUUCCUUGCUUGUUCAAUGCACCAUGCAGGAGAUAUGUUUUGCUCUUUCAGUGUUAAUCCCAUUAAAAAUGAGUUUUGCUGCUACUCAGUAGCGAGGGAGAAGACCUGAUAUAAGGUAAGUUGUAAGCAACAGCUGUGGCUAAAUAGUUUCCAUCAUCUAUUUCUAUAAAAAACACAACGUUUAGCAUGUCAGUUUGAAAAAAAAUGAUUUAAGCAACAUUUAACAAGUAACUGCAAAACAGUGCUGCCAGCUGACUCAGUUAAAAAGAAAAGAACUCUUUUAGGUCACUGGUUAAAAUCUGGUCCAAGUCAAAAUCUGGUGACUGCCAGUUGUUACUAAAAUACAUUUGGCAGCUGGUUAUGUCAAAUUAGAGAUCUCAGUCCAGUUCAUUGACAUAUCCAGAGCACAAGACAACAGUCACAUUAAUAGUUUCAGUUUACACUGCAUAUUAACUGGCAUGCUGGCUAGUAGUCUCAGCGCUUGCCAAAGAUCAAAAUAGGCAUGUUGGUGAGGUAGCACUAGGAGAACUUGGACUAUCAGUGACUAUGCUGUACUUAUGUAUUAAUUUGGUUGUGUCAGGCCUUUGAGAAGCACCAAGCUGACAAAAGAAGUUAAACUAGAUCACUUUCAGCUUGCUAGAGAGAUCAGAUAUAUUCAUCAGAAAGGUUCAAAACUGUGUAUUUCACUUGGACAAUUAAGCUAGACUGGUCAGUUUCCUGGGAAAUUAAAAGUUAAUGGAAACUUUCCAUUCGUUUCAGGUGUGAUUAAAACACACCCUCCUGUCGCAUUUCUUCAUUUUAACUGAAUUUUAUAUAUGAUUAGAUAAGAUUAAUUAAAUCACACAUAAAAGACAGCUUAUUCCCUGUAUUUUGUUUCACUAUUCAUAACUAUGCAUAAACUCAUCUCUAGUGAAAUAUACUAACCUUUUCCAAGGGCCAAGUUUUGGUCCCAUUGAAUUAGGACAUACUAAUUAGAUUGUUAUAGUAGGCAAUAAUUGUUUCAGAAAUAACAGGACAAAGUAUAUCUAUAUCUACACAAGUUAUAUAGAACAAAUGAAGUCAAAACCAUUAUCACAGGAUCAAUAUAUCCUGGCUUGAAAGUAAACAUUGCUGGUUUGCAUUGGCAUUUAUCUAGCAGCAGGACAUCAUUAAGCUGCACUAACCUUCUAUUCCACUGGUACUAGCUUUUAAAUGUCUGCACUUUAUAUACCAAUAACUCCCACAAAACAUUCAUACUGUUAGAGUGUUCUUUUCAUGAACCUGCUAAGCAAUAUUAAAAUUGCAUGGACCCCUUCAGCCAACACAUCAAUUGAUGCUAUCCACAUUGUGCUUUAGACUGAACUUUAAAUUCCAAAUUCAUUAGUACAAUCUAAUGAAGUACAAUAUAGCAAAUGUCUGUAGGUUACACAUUUUAAAUCACAUAAAAAAUUGUUCCAGUAGCAUGGUAUAUCUAAGUGUCCUUUCUAAUAAGAGAGGGCACUUUGAUACACAAAGAAUGACCAUUAAUAUGAAAUUUAAAAACUAAUAAUUCACCCUGAGAAAUUGUGUUUAACUUCUUCACCUAAAGACACAGCCAAGUUUUAAACUAUUAGUGAGCAUCAGUAUCAAACUUGUUAAAGAGAACAUUUUUUAUACUAACACACACUACAAUAACUUUAUGGGGACUGGAUGAUUCAAUUUAAUUCAGAAACCUAUCUCGGUCCUUAACUUGUCCCAUUGUGGUCAAUGGGAGUUUUGCCCAAGUAGCUGCAGGAUCUAGUCCCAGAAACUGUUACUACCUACUGGCUGUGGCUUUAGAUGAAGAAUAUCUCAUUCCAGUUCUUACAAGAGUCUGAACUGUGAUACUGGCUUUAGUGAUUUGCGGAUUUCCUGUGGGAAGUUUCACAAAACUGAGCAUGCAUGGAAAGUGAAUUAUUAUUGUAUCUUCUUAUCAAGGGACGCUAUCCUUUCAUGUAAGGGUAGAGAUAGGUUGAGUGCAGACAGAACAUGAGGAACUUCGUACACACGAUGCUGUGCCUGUUCUGUAACUAACUGAGAUUUCCACUGCUGUCAAAGUCCAGCUGGCACCCAAGUCACAAGGACUACAUUUGCUUAAUACAAUUUGUUAGACUUGUCCUUUCAGAAGUGCCCAAAAACAAAGGACAGACACACGGACACUAAAGAUCUAUAAUUAAAGUCAUUUUGUUGUUGUAUAAGGCAACUUAAAAGAUUUCAAGAUAUUUUCAAAGAUACAUAAAUAAAACAGUCCUGCUAAGUUUUCAUUGUAGAUUAUUCUGUUCACUUUUCAAGUCAGUUUAAUUUUAAAAAUAUCUUUCUGAAUUAGAGCAGAAAUAUCAAGCAAGCAGAAUCCAAAUUCUUUCCAUAAAAUUAUGCAAUAACCUUUGAAACAUUUGAAUAAUUUCCUCCGUUUUUUUAAAAGCAGAUGUGUCUAUAACAAACUAAAUUCUUAGCCACGUUUAUUUUCCCUUCCACAAGGAUAGACUAUUUUUCUUUUUCAACAGGAAAGAGCUUGAUUUGUAAUGUAAGAUUAAAGUAUUUAACAAACUC